AUGGUCUCUCUGCAGAGGACCAGCCAGGAAGAGGGCAUCUGCCCCAUCUGCCAGGAGAGCCUGACAGAGGCAAUGAGCACUGGCUGUAGACACCUUUUCUGCCAAGUGUGCCUGGCCCCAUAUGUGGAGAAGGGCUCAGCUUUUGGAGUUUUCUGCUGUCCCUUCUGCCAGAAGCCCUGCUCUGAUGGGGUUCUAGAGACAGGCCAUAUCUGCCAUAGCCACCAGAAAAAGUUAUGCAGUUUCUGUGAGGAGAGCUGACUUCUUCUGUGUAUGGAAUGCCUAGUGUCCCCUGAACACAAGUCUCACUGUGAGCAGGACAUUGCAGAUACCAUCAGUCACUACAAGGUAAGGCUAGGUCACCACCUCCCUGAGUUACUCCUUUCUGCCCACUGUCCAUUAUGCCUGGCAUCAUAG